AUGGAUCCCUCCAAAGCGGCUCUGUUGCCGUUCGAUGUUUCGGAUACUGGUUCAACCGGAACCAGAUGGACGAAAUGGAAGAGAUCGUUAGAGUUAUUCCUUGAAGUGAAUUGUAUUGUGCUACCAUCCAGAAAACGGUCGUAUUUGUUGCAUUAUGCCGGGACCGAAGUCCAGGAUAUUUCUUAUAAUUUGGAAGGGCAUGACGCGGUUGCUCCCUACGGCACAGAUGUGUAUCGAGAAGCUAUUCGUUUGUUAGACAAUUAUUUCGCGCCAUUAACGAGCAUUCCUUUUGAGCGUUUCAAUUUUCGGAGAAUUAAACAACAAGAUGGCGAAUCUCUUGAUAAGUUUAUUCAGCGACUCAGAGACCAGGGACGUCUUUGUGGCUACGGUGAAGCUCUGGAUAUGCGUAUAACCGAGCAAGUGUUUGACAAUAGUAAUUCGGACGCAUUAAGAGAAGUGAUUCUUAAAAAGAAGCUCAUGACGGUUCAAGAGAUCGCAGAGGAAGGUCGAAUCUUGGAAACAUUAAAAGUGAAUAAAGAACUUUUGAAAAAGCCGACUGAUGAAAACGCUAUCGGCCUAGUACGAAGAAACAAAGAAGAACACUGCUAUAGAUGUGGUGAACAGGGCCAUUUUGCCAACAAUAAAAAGUGUCCAGCUAUGUCGGAAUUCUGUAAGAAAUGCAACCGCAAGGGACAUUAUGCGAAUCAGUGUAAAACAAAAUAUAAAAGUGCUGGGGAGCAAUCGCGAAGCAAAAAUAGGGUCCGACAAGUGAGAUGUAGUGACAAAUCGAGUUCCUCGGGAUCUGACUCGGAAGAAUCCGACAACCAGCUAGCUCAAGUAUAUGCAGCUGAGUUAGCAUCGGACGUGGUGACGUGUUUCGUGGGGGGAGUCAAACUUAAUUGGGUGGUUGACUCCGGGGCUCAUGUGAACGUUAUAAACCGGGAAACUUAUAAACUGCUUCGAAAAAAUGGAUGUAUAAUGACCAAAUCGGAGAGGUCAUCUAAAGAACUGAAAGUGUACGGUGAUGGAAGACUAAAAGUGUAUAAAGUGAUUAAAACCGAUAUUGCUACAAAGAGCAAAACAGUGCAUCAUGAAAUCUACGUAGUAGAAACGAAAAGAGGAGCUAACCUUCUAAGCAAGAAAACAUCGAUGGAGCUAGGACUACUGGAGAUCCAUGGCGAAAUUUUCAACAUCGGGAAACCUUGUGAGCCAUCCAUUGGCAAGCUCAAACAUGUACAGGUGGAGAUAAAGAUUGAUAGUGCGAUUCCUCCAGUUCAACAGUCCUGUCGUCGACUUCCAAUACCGCUUCAACCUUUGGUGGAUGGGAAAUUGGAAAGCUUAUUGAAGCAAGACGUAAUCGAACCCGCACCUUUGGAUAUAACGUGGGCUUCUCCAUUGGUGGUAACGCCGAAAGACGGUGGUCGAGAUGUACGAAUCUGCGUGGACAUGCGAAAAGCCAACAAGGCAAUUAUUCCGGAAAAGCAUCCAUUGCCAACGUUCGAGGAAAUAAUGCCCCACUUGGACGGCUGUAAGUUAUUCAGUAAAAUAGAUCUCGUGAAAGCAUUCCACCAAAUCGAGCUUGCUCCCAACUCACGGGACAUAACGACCUUUGUUACUCAAGAUGGCUACUAUCGCUACAAAAGGUUAAUGUUUGGAAUGAAGGUCGCAGCUGAAAUAUUCCAGCGUUGUAUAGAGCGAGUGCUAAAAGGGUUGAAAGGAGUCAAGGUUUUUAUUGACGACAUUCUGGUGUACGCAUCAAGUAAAGGCGAACACGAUAUCCGACUGAAGGCAGUACUAGACCGACUAAAGGAAUUUGGAUUCACGAUAAACGAGGCCAAGUGCGAAUACGGAAAAUCAUCCGUUGUAUUCAUGGGUCACCUGCUAUCAAACAAAGGUAUCCUUCCAUCGGACGAUAAGGUGAGUGCCAUUAAAAAUUUUCGAUGA